CUCUGGCGCCCUCUCAGAAAUUGCACCCCGCAACGAUUGUUCCGUCACAAUUCCCACCACUACACGCGUUAAUUCCCACCAGCAAUUUGUUGGGACUCACCAGGUUGUGAGAUAUCUUCUUGAUAGCUCCAGUAACUGGGGUUGUUCCCGAGCAGGUUGUGGCCGGCAAGCUUUGACCAGUGCUCGCUCCGGUCGCAGCUUUCCACACCAUCGUUCAGAAAGUCAAUGGUCUAACUGUGAGCUUGAACGCGGUUCACAUGCUUCAUAAACUCUAAGUCCUUACACCAAGACAUCGUUGAUACAAUCCCUACGCCUCCGAAGAGAACGGAGCUCCGAUUAUCGUUCUCGUCGAUUUUGCUCGUACACUAUGUAUGCGAUCGAAGAAAGAGCUCACCCACCACCACCACCGCCUCUAUCCAUGGACCGAAUUCCUCCACCGUCCUCGUCGUAUCCGACUCCAGGAUCUGCGGGACCAAUGGUAUCUGCCGGCGGCAUUCCGUCAUCAAGUCACCUAGCGCCCCUUGCGACGGUCCAUGAUGGUCGCAUUUGGUCUCUACAAGUUGUGCAGCAACCAAUUCGAGCUCGAAUGUGCGGUUUUGGCGACAAGGAUCGGAGACCUAUUACACCUCCUCCCUGCAUUCGCCUUAUCGUGAAAGAUGCUCAAACUGAAAAGGAAAUCGAUAUCAAUGAAAUUGACACAUCUUUCUAUGUCCUUAUGGUAGAUCUAUGGAAUGCGGACGGAACGAACGAAGUGAACUUGGUCAAGCAUUCAGCAACCUCUCCGUCAAUAUCCACGGCCAUGUCCUCUUCCUACCCGCCACCGCCGCAAACGAUGUCCCCCACCUAUGCGCAAUAUCCCCAGAAUGCCUACGGCCAGCCGGUUGGCUAUCCACAGAUGAAUAGUUAUUACACCGGGAAUCCUCAGCUACAGUACCAGAAUCCGUAUGGCGCUAGUCCACAGAGUGCCUACUAUCAACCGUACUACACGCCAGGCGGCCAUAUGCCGCAGACUAAUAUCUCUCCGGCACAACCGGUUAGCACGGGGCCUGGCGGCAUGUUCACGCGCAAUCUCAUCGGGAGUCUCAGCGCUAGUGCCUUCCGACUGACCGAUCCGGAUAAUAAAAUUGGGGUGUGGUUUAUUCUACAAGACUUGAGUGUGCGGACUGAAGGGGUCUUUCGCCUCAAAAUGAGCUUUGUCAACGUGGGCUCUCAGUCCAGCGACUCCCCCAACGGAGCAGUGUCCGUGAUCAAUCACGGGUCUGCCCCCGUACUGGCUUCCGUCUUUUCUGAGCCAUUCCAGGUUUUCUCCGCUAAGAAGUUCCCUGGAGUGAUCGAAAGCACAACGCUCAGCAAAUGCUUUGCUCUCCAAGGCAUCAAGAUCCCCAUCCGAAAAGAUGGUGUGAAGGGCUCGCGCGGGCGUAACAUUGAUGACGAUGAUGGGGAUGAUUACGACUAAGAGGGAGUAUAUUCUGGCUUCAAUUCCCUUAAUGUUAUGGUUCUAAUCUUUUAACGCAUUUUACGGGUUAAGACACGGAGGGCGGUUUCGGUCUGCGGUGUUUCGGGCAAGACGGGUUCUUUCAAAUGGGUGGGAUGUAUUGCUAUCGGAUUGGUGCCGCGGUGUUUUGUCUGGUUCUUGCCUUUUUGCUUCAAUUGUUUAUUCACCCCCUUUUGCUUUUUGCUUCGUUCCUAUAAUAUCCUUGUUCUGUUCUCAAGGUACGUGUUACCAUUUCGCCAGUGAUGUCCAUGGCUGUGCGAGACA